AGGCUGGUCUAAAAAAUAGUGUAGAAUACAGCUGCAUGUGUGUGUGUGUGUCCAUGCUGCAUUCAGUCCUCAGUCGUGUGAUAAGAGGAUAACAAAAUAGUAUGGUAAUAAACCAAUAUGGGAAGUGGAGACACGGCAACUGUAAUAAAUAAGAUAUCGAGUGACAGUGGCAAUGAAAUUAUCGAAGAGUACGGCCCGAAUUUAAGAGUAUUACCAACAAAUAACCAGGUCAAAGAAUUGCAAACUAUAUUACGUGACAAGAACACAACGAGAAGCGAUUUUAAAUUCUACGCAGACCGUUUGAUCAGACUUGUCAUAGAAGAAAGCCUCAAUCAAUUACCAUUUUCAAAAUGUUCCGUGACAACGCCGACAGGUGCCAAGUACAAGGGACUCAAAUAUCAAAAAGGCAAUUGUGGCGUGUCUAUAGUUAGAAGUGGCGAAGCUAUGGAACAGGGUCUCAGGGACUGUUGCCGUAGUAUAAGAAUUGGUAAAAUAUUGGUCGAAAGUGAUGUUGACACUCAUGAGGCUAAAGUUGUCUAUGCUAAAUUUCCAGACGAUAUAGCCGAAAGAAAGGUUCUCUUAAUGUAUCCGAUAAUGAGUACCGGAAAUACUGUGAUAAAAGCGAUAGCUGUGUUAAAAGAACACAAUGUGUUGGAGGAAAAUAUCAUCCUCUCUAAUUUAUUCUGUACACCAUUUGCUGCCAAAACUCUAGUCACUGCCUUCCCUAAGGUAUGUAAUUCACAUCAGUUAUAGGCACAGAUGAAGAUCUUAUCCUCGGAAAUUCACCACGUCGCGCCGAAUCACUUUGGGCAAAAGUACUUUGGUACGGAUUGAACUGAUUAAAACUAUCCUACAGUGAAUGUAGUUCUUAAGUUAGGAAAAAAAGAAAACAAAAAAAUUCAACAAAAAAUGAGAAAAGAAAAACAAAACGUUAAAAAACAUGCAAAGACUAGACGUAAUAAUAGACAAAAUGAACUACUGGUGGCUAGAAUAAUAACAGACUAGUAUGAAAUUUAGUUCCAGUAAUCGAUACAGUGCUACCUCAACACACUGAUGCAUUAAACUUUGUUACUGAUUUACUAAGAUUAAUCUAAAACUGACUGAAUCCGAUCAAUUAUUUGAAUAGCUUUUUUUUUGUAACACAUAUGCCCUGGUAGUUUCAUUUUUGUCAACAAAAAUAGAACAGUAUAUAUUGUGCACUAUUUUUUCUUAGUGGUUACGAUCGUGUGAUAGAUUUUAAAUAUCUAAGAUCGUGGUACCUUAUACGGACCAUCGUUGAUUAAUUAUUAUCCCAUUUACGAUCGUUAGGUGCUCGAAUUUUUACAAUCUAUUAUGAUCACUUGUAUAAAGAAAGAAAAGAGUAUCUCGGUUAGUAUUAAAGAAUGAGAUUUCCAUAUAUGAUUGGGGAUAAUGCAAGACAUUGCUUUUCUACGCUAUUUCCUCAGCUAUUUUAUGCCGUAUUGAGUUUCGCGAAAAUGUGUGCUUUUUAAUAAAUCGCGUGCCUGAGUGAGGCCUUCCAAAAAUUCUGGUUAACACUCUGCUUUGCUAAAGAAAGCAUUCGUUCUGGAGUAUCGAAUAAAUAUUUUUAUGUCACCGAAUGUUGCUAGCUGUACACAGCAAUUUCAUAUGAUUGAAAAAUACGUUCUUGAAUUCUGCUCCAAUUUUUUUUUUUUUUUUCUUGUCGUUAAUCUUCAAAUCACCAUCGUCAACCAUUGCAAAGAUAAAUCUAGUACACUAGCAUGAAGUUGAAACAAUUUCACAUAAUAUUUACGCUCGUAUAGUUGCACAAAAUUUUAAAUAUAAUUUGAACAACUGCACAGUCUAAAAAUUUUCUAACAUCACAAACUUGUAUUAUUCGAAACGAAAGUAGUGAAACAGAAAAUUCUCGAAUUUGAAAUACUUCAAAUCACGAAAUGUCUCACAUGUUCGUGACGAUAGUCUAUGCCGAGUUACUCUCCAAUGCUUCACAGAAUACCCUCAAUUUUUUUUUAUUUCUAUUGUAAUGCACAGAUUGUCUAUAAUGUAAAUAAUUGCAAUUUUUCAAUUUAAGAAACAAUUUUUGCUAAAAUUUUAUUUUACAAAUAUUUAUACGACAUACGUAUUGCCUUGUCCUCCUGUUAUGGAAAACCUUACAUCAUUCGACUUAAAAAUUUUCUAAUGUUUAAUAUUUAUUAGCUACGGUUAUAAUUUUGCUUUACUUUUAUUGUUUAUGUAACCGAAAAAUAUUUGCAUAAUUUCUUAUGAGAAUAAAAAUUUGUGAAUAUUAAUUUAUUAUAAGAUAAGACAAGUUUAGAAUAUCGCUUUUGAAAAAGGUGUAGUUUUGUUUUAAGCAUAGGAGUACUUUCAGUAUAAUACCCCUUGAUACUAGCACAUCGAACCAGUUUUUGUUCACGCACGUGAUACAUUGCUAAUCAUAUGCAUAAUUUCUUAAUGGAUUGUCCACCUAAUUAGGCACCCUCAAAACGUAACUCAGUAAAUUACGUAUCCACUUUGUUUGCAGGAUUAAUUUUGUCCUUUACAUAAAUUAAAUAAUAACUUUUAUUACUUUGUAGCUAUUCACUAUUGAUUAUUAUAUGAAAAUUACAUGUACUUAAGAACUUGUCGAUUGAUGUUAAAUGUCUGCAAUCUCAUACAAACGUAAAUUGUAUUAUUAAUAUUGAACGUAACUAUGAAAACUUUCAAAAAAAAAAUAACCAAAAAAACUAUGAAAGCAACAUAUCUAAUUUAUGAAAACUUUACUUAAAAGGCCCUUUGACUGAUUACUGCAUUUAAUUCGAUUUUCUUUUAAUUUCUUCUUUUUUCUUCAGAGCUGGCAUUAUUUAUUACACAACUUGUUCAAAUAUUAAGCAUUUUCAUCAUCUCUGCAAUUGAUUUUUUCCGAAUGUAUCAAGUGUACAAACGUGUGUUGAAUAUGACCGAGAAGUGAAAAUCAGGAAAAAAUAUCGAUUUUUAGUUUGCAUAAUACGUCUUACAACUAGUCUUCUCGUAGCUUUCACUAGCCCUUUUGUUAGAUGCUGCAAGUUCUGUAGUACUGUUUACAAUAACCGUUUCUUUGCAGUAUAGCUAGCUCUGAUGAACGGUUUUUUUUUUUUUAAAUGAUAAAACGCGCAAUGCAUAAUAUUCGUAUCACUUUUACCUGUACUUAGGAUGUGUUAGCUUAUUGCAUAUCUCGCUAAGGGUUAUGUUUAUUUUUAUUUAUUCAGAAUGUAUUUCGUACUAAGCCUGUCGGUACUUAUUCAAUAUUCAUCUACGCUUGGCUGAGAUGAUGUAAAAUAAUGCAAAUGUACAAUGACUUUUUCGUAAUCACACUAAGCAUUAAUCUUCAAAGUACUGAUAAAAUUGAUAAGACUUUUUACAUGUCUAGUCAUUUUUGCACAGAAAUAAUCGGACACAUCCAAUUUUCACAGCUAUUUACUAUACUUUUACAAAUUAUCGAUAAAACCACUUCUAUAAAUACGAUAAUCAAUAUAGCUAAAUUAAUAAUAAUGAAAAGUUAUGAUUCGAAGUUUAUUGUACACACUGCUAGGUAAUUCAUUCAGUUCCAUUCAAUUCUUUGUCUCCACAGAGUUAAAAUAUCGAAUUAUAUAAAUUGAUAAAAGGAUUGCACAUUUGCAUUACGUGUCAUUUGAAAAGUCUAAAUUUCAUUGAAUGAGCUGAAAGGGAAAGUAUUUAAACAUCUUGAGGCAUGUAAACGUGCGCACUUAUAAAAAAUACAAGAGAAAUAUGAAAAAAUCAAAUUUGUUGUGAAUAUCUUCUAAUAAAAAAAAAAAACUAUUUGAAAAAAUCUUAUUUUAUUUAUGAUUUUUCAUUCAAGUUGGCGUGUUUUCAUAUGCAUUAGCAUUCUUUUCCAGUUACCUAUGUACCCAUUAAUUCAACAAUAAUACACAUUACUUAAUUGAUGAUUCGCUACACAUCAGUCAGUUUAAUAAUUGCCAUUCUAGUAUUUGCUAUGUAACGAAAUGUAAAUGGUGAAAAUCGUUUCGAUAUUUGUUUUUUGUAGUAAGUCAGUAUCAUUAACGCUGUGGUUGAAACUCAUGUUCAGUCAGUGGUCAACCUGAUUUUGAUUAUGCCACAUCUAGUGUAAGUAAUUUUGAAAGCAGUACAAUGUGUUGGGUAUAAUCCUGAAUGGAAAAAAACAGCUUAGACUGUAUUUAUUAAUUAUCCAAAUAUCGUACCACAAAAUCCGUGUUUUAACAUUUUGCUGUGAGAUAUCUUUGCAUGUAAAGACUGGUAUCUUUGAUUCACAGUCCAGUCGUCGAUAUUUAUACAUUACAUAUAGGAAGUAUGCAACACUGGAAGAAAAAAAUACGUAUAUAUAUAUUUUUUAAAACCAAGCCAGGUCGUAGAUUUUCUUUAGUAUGCUGACGUUAGAUUUUAAGAUGUCAUGCCACAGCCGUAAAAAUUUCCAAAACCUUGAUGAAACCUUGAGGAAAGAAACGUGUUCAAAAUUGUUGUUUUCAGGCUGUUCAUACCAUGGUGUGACGGGCCCUCCUAAUGCACCAAUGAAAAAUGUUUGAGGAAUCGAUAUGAAACAUCUGAUAUUUCCCUGAGAAAUUGAGAAAAAAAUAAAGGGAUAGUUCGUUUUCGGAUAUCAUUCCGGGUUGGUCACAAUACAAUGUUGAUAUAACGUUAAAGUAAUACAUGUAGCCUUAAUGGAUUGUAUAUAUAUAUAUAUAUAUAUAUAUAUAUUCAUUUCUGACUACGCUCAUAGCAUAUAGAUGUAUUUAAUGUAAUGGCGAAUAAAUUCAAUCUAUCAAUUAUACAAAAUACGAAUAACAAGCAUUUGUGAUUUACAAAUCAAGAUACCGCAUUACUCCGAAUAUAAGCCGAUCCGUUAUUUUCAGUCUGCAUUUCAGGCCUUUUUGUGGUACUGAAUAUAAGUCAACUUUUAUGACAAAAUUCAUAUCACAAGAGUAAUAUACAUACUAAUUUAUAAACUAGCAUUUUUUUAAGUGGGUAUCAUUGGAACUUAGGUAGAUGAAAAUAUCGCAGCGUGAAUUCCAUUGGUCUAAUUUCAUGAUUAAACUGUUCAUAAAACUCAAUUUCAGUCUGUAAAGUAAAUUCCUUAAAAACCCCGAAUAUAGUUCGAGGACGUUUUUUGGGGAUCAUGUCAGCCACAAUCAACUUCGACUUAUAUUUGGAAUAAUACGGCAAACAUUUUAUGAGCUAUCAAUAUAGUAUAUGUGUAUUUUGAUUCUUAAAUGAUAAAUUUCGAUAGUAUUAACAUGUAGUUUAUACAUACCUAUAGUAUUAUUAUAGAUAGUAGACCAAAUGUAUUUACAUCAUUUUCUACUAAGCAAUCAAUUCGCAUAAGUAUAAUCAGACUGACUCAAUCGAACAUUCAGUAUAGUAUGGGGUUUUGACUGCUUGAGGUACAUGUACACGUGUACGUAAUUUUAGCACCAAAACUCUAUGAACGUUUACUCUAAAUGAGAAAGUACUAAAAAUGUUUCCUAAUUUUACAAAAACUAGAGUAAAACAAAAAAUAAUCGUAUAAAUUAACUUAAAAAAUCGUGUGAUGAAAAAUUGUAUGUUUUAUUAAAAUUUUUUUGGGAUCAAACACGACUUCAACUUUUGACGAAACAUUUGAACACACAAUAAUGUGUUAUAUCAAUUUUUACUCUUUUUAAAUCAUACAUUAAAUACUAAAGUGGCCUUCAAACUGUUCUGAGUAUACCAACUCUGGGUUAUGCUUAAGCGAAUCUCGUGAAAUUCUUAUUCGCGUGUGUAAUAUAUGUAACAAUGACACCAUCAAAUAAAUACAGGCCGAUUGCGUAACGAAUAUAUUUUGUACAAAUUGAUGUUUAUGUAUAUAUUAUAAUCCGAUGAAAUAUGAAGGAUCUACUGU